AUGGAAUACGGUAAAUUCAUAUUGUUCGGCGACUCAAUUACUCAGUUUAGUUGUAGCCAUGAGUAUGGCUUGCAUCCAGCAUUACAGAAUGUGUACAUGAGAAGAUUGGAUGUUAUUAAUCGUGGUUUCAGUGGAUACAACUCAGAACACGCGAGGCUAAUUCUUCCGAAAAUUUUACAAGCAGAAGCUAAUAUCAAAUUGAUGACGAUUUUUUUUGGCACUAACGAUGCAUACGAUUAUAUCAAUGAUAUACAGACGGUCGACUUAGACAGAUACAAGGACAAUAUCACUGCUAUGGUGCAAAUGGCAUUGGACAAAGGUAUCAAGCCCAUUGUAAUUGGGCCGGGGUUGCAUGACCCAAAGAUGGCGCAACAAAUGCUUGCAGAGAGAGGACGGCCAAUUGAUAGAGAUCCAACUACCAACAAAAUACUAUUAGAGUAUUCUGAAGCAGCUAAAGAAGUCGCUAGUCAGAACAACGUGGUAUUUAUAGACACAUGGAAUAUCCUUAGACAACACCAAGGAUGGACAAAGGAGCAACUAUUUGAGAUUUCCGUAGACAACGACAAAUGGCAAAUUGGAGACAGCUUGGCCGAGAUUGUUACUGAUGGAAUUCAUUUCACUACAAAAUCCUAUAAAAUCCUAUUCAAAGAGAUCGUACGUGCUAUCAGAGAAAGUUACCCUGAAAUGGCUCCAGAGAAUUUGCCUUUGCAUCUUUGUGAUUGGAAACUGAUUGAUCCCAAGGAUUUGUCGUCAAUUUUUGCAUAA